AAAACACAUUGAUUUUUUUUUCUCGGCAUGGCUCGUUGUUUAAAGUUCUUGUGUUUAUACUUUUAGUUUUAUCUUUCACCAGCUAGUGCGUUAGGUAAUAAUCAUGGCAAGUGGUGCAACAGGAAAAAAGCUUGAAUGUAAAGAUUUGCACGGCUACUUAAAAACACUACCUCACAAUAUACUCGAUAAAUUGUACAAUCAUCCCGCCACCUGUCUUGCGGUGUUUCGACAGCUUCCUCAGUUGUCCAAACACUAUGUGAUGCGGAUGCUUUUCAUCGAACAGCCGGUGUCCCAGUCUGUUGUUGGAUUAUGGGUAACCAAUAAACACAAUGAGGAGCAUAGGUAUGCUUCCAAAGUGCUGUCUGACAUGAGAGUUUGGCAUGAGCAGCAAAUGCAAGGAGGUCUGCUGGGAUGGAUUCUGAAUGAAACAUUUCGCUCAAACAUGAGAGUUGCUUUACUUGGAGGAGGAAAGGAUUCCCAGUAUUCAGCAGGGCCUCUUCCCCCAGAUAAACAUGCCAAAGACGUACCAUUUCUGGAUAAAUACGCCCUUGAAAGAUGGGAGUGUGUUUUACAUUUCAUGGUGGGAUCUACUGAGGGUACAGAGGGAGUGAGCCGUGACAUCAUUGACGUUCUCCUACACGCAGGCCUUAUGACCAGGGACGGUGUUGACCCACUGCCUUCCAUAACUCCUGCAGGCUUUCAGUUUUUGCUGAUGGAUAUUGGGUCACAAGUUUGGUAUUUUAUGCUGCAGUACUUGGAUACAGUGGAGGCCCGCGGUAUGGAUCUUAUAGACUGUUUGUCAUUUCUAUUUCAACUCAGCUUUUCAACGCUAGGAAAGGACUAUUCUACAGAGUUAAUGAAUGAAGGCCAGCAGAGGUUUUUACAACAUCUGAGAGAAUUUGGACUUGUCUAUCAAAGAAAGAGGAAAAUUCAGAGAUACUACCCCACUAGGCUAGCUCUCAAUCUGUCGUCUGGUUCGUCCGAUUUCACCACCGUCGGAAAGAAUACUGGUUUUCUAAUGGUGGAAACUAACUACAGAGUAUAUGCAUACACAGAUUCUCCUCUGCAAGUGGCACUGGUAGCAUUAUUUUGUGAAAUGUUAUACAGAUUUCCAACCUUUUCUGUGGGGAAUCUGACACGUGACAGUGUGAGAGAUGCCUUAGUCAGAGGAAUCACGGCAGAUCAGAUCAUAUCCUUCCUGAAAACCCACGCUCAUCCGAAAAUGACAAAGAAUACACCUGUGAUUCCGUCUACCGUUACUGACCAGAUUAGACUGUGGGAAUUGGAGCGCGACAGGUUUAAAUUCUCCGAAGGUGUUUUGUAUGACCAAUUUCUGUCACAGAGCGAUUUUGAGCUGCUUCGGGAUUAUGCCAAAGAUUUAGGAGUUCUGCUUUGGGACAAUGCUAUAAAGAGAGUGAUGGUGGUGACGAAAGGUGGCCAUGAUGACGUCAAACGUUACUGGAAGCGACAGAAACAGGCCAACUCCUGAGUGUCUGUUUCAAAGAUGAAUUGCUUGCUGAAAUUGGUUGUGACAAUUUGAAAAUGAAGAAAAUGUCUGACAGAUCACUACCCCGAUACUUCCCGCUCCAGACUGUCCCCAUGGUUUUGGAGCCAGCCAUGACGGGGUGAAGAGUGCCGUCCAUCGGAUGUCUCUGAUAAUACAGGACAGAGGGGACUAGUGCAUUGUUAAUGAGUAACUAACAGAGGGGACUAGUGCGUUGUUAAUGACUGGUGCUGUGCAAUAUAUUGUGUUGUUAUAGACUGACCAAUGAAUUGUUUAUAUGUUUAUAAAAAAAGGAAUCAAACCCACAAAAAUGAAAAUAAAAGUGUUUAUCUGAU